UGGAUGGGAUCCUGGGAGCCCCUGGAUGGGAUCCUGGGAGCCCUGGAGAGCCUGGAUGUGACCCUGAGAGCCCCUGGAUGGGAUCCUGGGAGCCCCUGGAGAGCCUGGAUUGGAUCCUGGGAGACCUGGAGACCCCCUGGAUCUGACCUUAGGAGCCCUGGAGAGCCUGGAUUGGAUCCUGGGACCCCCUGGAUGGGAUCCUGGGAGCCCUGGAGACCCUCUGGAUCUGAUCCUGGGAGCCCUGGAGAGCCUGGAUUGGAUCCUGGGAGCCCUGGAGAGCCUGGAUGUGACCCUGAGAGCCCCUGGAUGGGAUCCUGGGAGCCCCUGGAUUGGAUCCUGGGAGCCCUGGAGAGCCUGGAUGUGACCCUGAGAGCCCCUGGAUUGGAUCCUGGGACCCCUGGAGACCCUCUGGAUCUGAUCCUGGGAGCCCUGGAGAGCCUGGAUGGGAUCCUGGGAGCCCUGGAGAGCCUGGAUGUGACUCUGGGGAGCCCCUGGAGACCCUCUGGAUCUGAUCCUGGGAGCCCUGGUGAGCCUGGAUGGGAUCCUGGGAGCCCCUGGAUGGGAUCCUGGGACCCUGGAGAGCCUGGAUGUGACCCUGGGAGCCCUGGAGACCCCCUGGAUCUGACCCUGGGAGCCCCUGGAGACCCCCUGGAUCUGACCCUGGGAGCCCCUGGAGACCCCCUGGAUGGGAUCCUGGGAGCCCUGGAGAGCCUGGAUCUGACCCUGGGAGCCAUGGAGAGCCUGGAUUGGAUCCUGGGACCCCCUGGGUUGGAUCCUGGGAGCCCUGGACACCCCCUGGGUCAGAUCCUGGGAGCCCUGGAGUUCCUGGAGACCCCCUGGGUCGGAUCCUGUGAGCCCUGGAGUUCCUGGAGACCCCCUGGGUCAGAUCCUGUGAGCCCUGGAACCCCCUAACUCCAUCCACAGCAAUACUGAGGGGGGGUCCCUCCCCACCACAGGGCCCCCCCUGGGCACUGCCACGUCUUCCUGCGCUUCCCUGCCCGGCUCCCUCUGGAUGGGGGGCACACCAGGGGCACACCAGGGGCACACACAGCCCCACUUUGGGGUCUCUGGGAUGAGGGGAAGGGGCUGCACCUCGACCCGGAGCCCUGGGCUGGCACCAUCCCGGGAUGUCCCCCCGGGAGCAGGAUGGAUCCUGACCCCCCUCACUGCUGCUUCCAUCCCCCCUCAAUGCUGAUCAGGGGGUCCUGCCCCCCCCGGGGGGCACACAAGAGGUUUUGGGAUGGGUGGGAAGGGGUUCCAGCUUGACCUGGAACCCUGGGCUGGCAUCAUCCCGGGAUCCCCUCGGGAGCAGGAUGGAUCCUGACCCCCCCUUGCUGCUCCCCAAUUCUGAACGGGGGGUCCUGCCCCCCCCCCGGGGUGCACACGGGGGGCUCUGGGAUGGGUGGGAAUGGGUUCCAGCUCGACCCGAAGCCCUGGGCUGGCACCAUCCCGGGAUCCCCCCGGGAGCAGGAUGGAUCCUGACCCCCCUCCCUGCUGCUUCCAGCCCCCCCCCUGCUGCUCCCCAAUGCUGAACGGGGGGUCCUGCCCCCCCGCCUCGGGCCCCCCCUCAUGAAUGUGACCGUGUCCCCCUCCCACCCCUCACACACACAUUGUACAUAAACUUAUUUUUAAAUAAAGCUCUUUGCU